GGAGAGCGUCGGUGCGGAAGUGAAUAAAAAAGAGGAGAGCCGAGGAGUCAAAACUCCCAUAUUACGUGGUGGAUGCAGCGAUCAUCACGGGAUGAAUGUGUCUUCAGCAACUCCUUUAAAUCUGACAGGAAAAUACUAAUCUUAGUAAAAAAAAAAGCCUUCUAUCCUCUGCCAGCGCCACCCAUUCAUCCGUCCGUCUUCUGUUGAUUCCACCACCACCACCACCUCUCCAACCAACAUAACAGAAGAAGAAGAAGAAGAAGAAGACAGGCCUAUUAAUUUAUUGCAACUUGACACCCACUUAUCUCUCCGUGUUCAUUGUUCAAUCAGCUUGUCUCCUUUCUCUCUCUGUUGCAUGGAGAUCCCCUGAAACGAAGCUGAAAUUAAUAAAUAUUAGCGAGGUCCAUAACUGGCUUCUUCUCUGAUUGACGAUUUGUAUUACUAAGCCACGAUGGGAGGUGUAGUAGGAAAGGAUGAGUCACUUGGAGGUUGGAUACCAGAAACAAAGCUCGAGGCAAAAAUGGUUGAAGCAAUGCAACGGAAAGCAGCAGCAGGAACUUCGAUGAGAUCAUUUAAUAGUGUUAUUUUGAAAUUCCCAAAGAUUGAUGAGAGCCUACGCAACUGCAAAGCAAUAUUUGAGCAAUUUGAUGCGGAUUCAAAUGGUGCAAUAGAUCCACAAGAGCUUAAGCAUUGUUUUGAUAAACUAGAGAUCACUUACUCGGAGGAGGAAAUAAGUGAUUUAUUUGAGGCAUGUGAUAUCAAAGAGAAUAUGGGAAUGAAGUUCAAUGAGUUCAUUGUUCUCCUCUGCCUUGUCUAUCUUCUCAAGGAAGACCCAUCUGCCACUCAAGGUAAAUCACGGAUGGGCUUACCAAACCUGGAGGCAACCUUUGAAACUUUGGUGAAAGCGUUUGUGUUUCUGGACAAGAAUAAGGAUGGAUGUGUCAGCAAGAGCGAGAUGGUCCAAGCCAUAAAUGAAACCACCUCAGGCGAACGCUCUUCAGGGCGAAUAGCCUUGAAAAGAUUCGAAGAAAUGGACUGGGACAGAAAUGGAAUGGUGACCUUCAAGGAGUUUCUCUUUGCUUUCACCCGCUGGGUUGGAAUUGACGAGCUUGAAGAUGAAGAGGACGCAGAAGAAAAGGUUUGAUCACCUGCUGGGUCAUCUACAUGCUAUUAGUAGGACACAAGACACACUACGCCCUCUACCUUUGCUACUUGUUACUUUUCCUAUUACUACUAUACCUGGGAACAAAGCUACAGUUCGUAGCAUUUUGAGUCCGUUGUGUAAGGUUUUGUUGUUUUGCAUUUAUUGGCUGUCUGAGUAGAAAUGCAUGUUUUUUAAAUCAUCUUUUGGGAUUGUGGAUUCUUGUAAAAUAUUCCAGUAACUUAACAUUGAAUGAAAUAGUACAUCCUGCUGAUGGAGAAGAUAUGAAUUAACCAUAUGGAUCA